GGAAACGGUCGCCCAUAUAGAAGUGCGUCGCGUUGCGGCCGCCAGUUUCGUUCAGCUCUUAUCCCGAAUUCACCUACACCUUCGACAUGAAGUUCCUUGUUUUAAUAUUGGCCGUGGUGCCCAUUUAUGCUACUGGUGAUGUAUUUGGUGACCUUUUGGGACAAGAAUUUCAAUACGCUACCAUUGACCACGUUCGCGACAGAAGGCAAGCUGGUCACUUACGUACAGUGAACCAAGCACCAGCUCAGAUCCAGCAACUUUUACACGCACAGCAAUUUCGUCCACCCGUAGUGCCAAUUCCGGCGCAACCAAUUCCAAAACUGGGACCAGCUCAGCCUAGCCAACCUCAGCAGCUAUCGCAGGCGCAGGUCUCGCAAUACCGGCCGCAAGUGCAAUUUGCUUCUGGCGUCCAGCAACCGGACUAUAGAUCAAUUCCAUUGGGCGGCGGCCAGAAACCAAUUCUUCCGCAGCAACCGCAGUAUCGCCCUCUUCCACAGCAAAAUUUUAACGCCGCGCCGCAGUACUCGUCCAAAUUACCACCACAUAUUCAACAAUUGUUGCAAUUCCAAAACAAUCUGAGUAACUCAAUCCCUCGAAGAGCGUAAUCAAACUUGAAAGGUGGUUGUAAGAUUGCUGUAUAGAACUUUUGUUUGGUCAUCAAAAGUGAUAUUUUUGGUUUUCAUUUGAAAGUCGUACUUUUGCAUGAUAACUGAUUUUUGUAUAUUUUUUCUUGUUAAAAGGUUUGAAAGUAAAAAUUUGAAUGUUCAGUAGAAAAUAAAAGAAAGCGAAGUAGAGCGUUUAGCAGAUUUGGUUAAUUAUUUUUUGACAGGAUUCAUGAAAUUAUUGGUAAAUUGAGAAUAGGAUUUCUUAAGAUUUUCGAAUGUUGGUUUUGAAUGCUAAAUAUUACAGAUGUUAAGAUAUUUUAGGUUGUUAUAUUGGUAUUUG